UACACCAAGACCCCCAUCUUCCCUUUCCUUUCUCCUCAUCCAUCCUUUGCCUCCUCUCUUUGUCUUUCUAAAAUCUUUCCUCCCCCAGCCCUUUUUUCUUUCUUUUCUCUCUCUCUCUCUCUCUCUCUCUCUCCCCCUUCCGUCUAUUUCCUCUCUUUCUCCGCCGCCCCCCCCUUUCCUGGGUUAAAGGAUUUGAGCAAUGGGGGCGGAGGUGGAGCUCGGCAGAGGAUUAAAAGAAGCGGAUAUGUUAAGAGAUUGAUUAGAGAUUUCUUUCCCCAUCUCAUUUCAUUUCUCGGCCUCACUUUGUCGCUUCGAUCCCGAAAACUUCUUGGGAAGCAGCAGACGAAGAAGGUGGGGAUUUAAAAAAAAAAAUUAAGAAGAAAAGAGAACUAACCACCCCCCCUUUUUCCCGGCAACAACACUGACUCAGAUCCGCUUGGAUCUCCCCUCCCUUCCCCUUCGUUUAAGGGAAGAAAAGAAGACUUCAGAGGCUGUUGAAAUCCCCCCGGCGGUGCCACUCCCCAAGCAAACGCGACCGAGAAGGACCGGCUACCUCCAGCCAGCCAGCCACGCUCCCGGCAAACAUGGGCCAAGCGAGGGAUCCAGCCCACCGUCUGCCCUACACCCCCAAGACCGAGCUGGCUUGAGACUGUGUGUGUGUGUGUGUCGUCGGAAUACCCCUUUGCUCUCCAGGUCCCGAGGAUUGGAGGGGAUUUCCUGCCUUCUGGGGCAGCCACUGCCAGGGAUCCGAACAAGCCACCGCAUCAGGGUUCUAAAUUUCGGAGAGGAACAACCCUUCUUAUCCUGCCGGCAUCGGCUCAGCCUCUCGGACGCCUGGGUUCUAUUGGAUCCGUGAAACAUUCCGUGGAAGGUGGGGCGAAAGAGAGGGGGAAAGGAGGCUUCUGGUCUGGGUUUAUAUCCAAGUACUCGCCCUUCCAACCAUCGGGUGCUUGGGUUCUCUCUAAUUACUGAGAUUAUAUCCACCGCUGACUAAAAGAUUCUUUUGAUCUUCUGGUUCCUCUCCUUACUCCAGGGUUCUCUCGAGUUACUGGAACACUCCACCAUUAUAUAUAUAUAUCUGAGCUCCUGGACACCUGGAUUCUUUGAAUUUUCUGAGUAAGAAAUUCUUGUUCUAGGAACAUCCACCACAUCCUUUGGACUUUUGGGCUCCAACUGAGCUGCUGCAAUUUGAACCUACAUUUCCCAUUGCUUUGGCUUGUACUUAUUUCCUCGUGUGGAAUCUUGGCUUCUGACCCAGUUAAGUACCUUAAGAGGUGGAGUUAGGUACCAAAGUCACCAUAGCACCCACACCUUUCCAUCGUUCUUGGUUUUGCUGGCUUUCAAACUCCUGGAAUUGCUUGAAAUUCUCAGAUUCAGACUCUGGUUUUCCUCCCCGCUGUCCUCCACUCCUGAGGCGAAGAUGUCUUCUGCUCCAGCUCUGCCGGAGUGGAAACUCCAGCUACUGGAGCGUCGGCGUAAGGAGGAGGAGGAGGCCCGCCGGCGGGAACGAGAACAGCAAGACCGCAUGGCAAAGAUGCCAGCCUGGAAACGGGAGAUCAUUGAAAGGCGCCGGGCCAAGCAGGGCUCCAGCACCUCUUUCUCUGAGCCUGGUGGGCCAGGGGGAACUGAGAGUGGGGCAGCCCCUGCCACACCACCACCCUGCCAAGAGGGGGAGCCAGAGAGUUCUGUGUUGCAGGAGAAGAUUGGCCCAGUCCGCCAGAACCCUUUCAUUCAGUUGGAGAAGAGGCGCAACAAGGAAUCUGCUCCAUCAGAGAGUGACCUUACCAAUGCUAAAGCCAAGCAGAUAGUGGAUCUCUAUGGGCAGAUCCCAGGCGUCCGCACCCUGUGUGCUGACAAUGUCAUCAUCAUCGAGACGGUCCCGGGGACACCACCAGCACAGCUCCCCAGUAAUCGGCACUCAACAGAGUCCAAAUCAGGGAGUGUGGAAUCCCUUAAUGAGUUGCUGGCACGACGUGGUGGCAGUGUGACAGAGAUCCGCGCUGGGGAGGUCUUCAUUGUCAAGUCAGCAUUGAGCCGCAGUGUGGAGGACCUCAAUUCUGUUGGCAGGGCUGAGUACCGGGAGUCAUUGCCGGAGGAGCGCCGAGGGAGGGUGAGCAAACUGCUGAGCCGCUUCAGCCAGGAGGACAGUGGUGGGGUGGUAACUCCUCACCCAGUGAGGUCCCUGAGUACUGAGAACCUAACAGAAAGCACCUACGUGGCAAGAAAGACAGGCUGUGCAACAGCUGAUCCCAGCCCAACCAGGCAACACCAUGACAGCACACCCAGCCCACCCCGUGACCUUCCAGGACUCACCCCACCAGUGCCCUACACUGUAGCAUCUUAUCGCAGCCAGUUUGAAGCCAAAUCAAGCAGCGGGGAAGCAUGGCCAGACAGCCCUCCGAGGCGCUCGCCAACCGGAAAAACCUGGGGGCAUGAGGCUGCCUUGCUAGAGAGAGGCCUCACAAAACAGGAGGGUGGUGACUUGGAGGCUACUUUUGAGAUCCAGCCAGCACCCCCACCAGCAUUCGUUGCUGAGGACGAUGUCCAAGGCAAGGCCUUGGCCAAUCUGCGCCUGCACUCUCGGAACUCCUUUGUGGUUGUGCCGCGACGGGCCUUGGCCUCCCCACCCCCAGAACCCAAGCAGGAAGCCAGCCCUUCUCUUUCUUCUGUCAAGCCCCCAGCCCCCACUUCCUGCUGCUCACCCGGCCGCCAGCAGCUUCUCCCGGAUGCUGAGGAGCCGCCUGAGGCAGAGGCUAUGAGACGUGGUGGUGGGAACAACAAUGCUAAGGAGGAUGUCAGGGCAGGGGGCUUGGCCCGGGCCUCAUCCCCCCACCCGGCCGUGCAGCGUCGCAGUGGCAACACUAUCACUAUCAAUCCCCGCAAGGCCCCCGCAGCACCUGUCACUGUACUGGAGAAUGGCAUUGAGGAUGUCGCCCCCCCAACCAUAGCACCGAUGAAGAAGCGCUAUCCCACGGCUGAGGAGAUCCAGGUGAUCGGAGGCUACCUCUCCCUGCAGAGAUCCUGCCUUGCAAAGAAUGACCCACAUCGGAAAAAGCUUAAGAUUUCAUUCAGCGAGAACCAGCUGGAGAGGACAUUCCAAUAUCCAUCGGAGGGCUCCCUGCUGGAAGAGUAUGGGCCUCCUGAGGAGUCAGAGCCUCUGGCCUGUACCAACCCUCAUGGGGAUGAGGAAGAGGAAGAGGAGGAGCUGCUGUUGCUUCAUCGUGGCCUCCCUAGCCUGCUGAGAACCAAACCUCUCAUUGUGGACGAGUCUUGUCGGCGGUAACCCCUUUCCUCCUCCAUCGGAGUGAACAGUGGAAUAUGCAUAAGGAGUUGUGUCAAACUCCAAAUCUUUCAACUGGAUCUUUUUAUCUCUUUCCGUCUUCCAGUGACUGCCACACCAACGAAAGAAGCCGGGGACAAGAAAGAUGAGGGAAACGUCACUUUUUCCCUGGGGCUCUGGAUGCAUUUCUUCCUUCAGAAGGAGACCAUUCCAAAAAUACCCUCCCCUCUUUGAUAUUUUUUUUCCUGUGUGACUGUGGCACUGAAAAUAGGACCUCAGAGAUCUCCUAAAUGGCAGGGGAUGCUCUGAAUCAUAUGCGAUGCUGCCCAACCUUGCUGGGAGUGGGAGUUGUCAACCUUUCCUCUUCCUUCACUGCCAGCCAACAAGGCCUCUGAUGCCACAGAGGCUUAGAUAUUUCUUAAAACCGCCAGCAGGGGAAAACACUGAACCUUGUGUACUACCCACUUCUGUGGGGUCGCAGAGUUUCAAACAAGGGCUAGCAUUAAUGAUCAUAUCUUUCUUCCUGCAAUUAUUCAAACAGUUUAAACCCUCACAGGGCUGAGGGACUUUUCUGUAUCAUCGUGUGUGUGUGUGUGUGUAAAGUAUUUGGGUAAUGCCCAUUAGGACUUAAUUGCUGCCAUGUGAGAGGAGGGUUUUUUUUUGAGGGGUGGAGGACAAACUAGUUUUGAGAGGGGACCAUUAUGUUGGCACACAGCCUAACAGUAUUGGGAAGGGCUUUGUAGGGGGGGGAGGGGUCCAACUUCAAUUUUAAAAAAGCCAUUCUGGAGGAAGGCAAUUCAAACCACCAUGGCUCUCCUUAUUCAAGCGAGAGUUGAGUUAUAAGGCAUGUUACUAGGCAAAUGGGGAGGGCUCUGGGUGUUAGAUUCAAGCAGGAGCACCAGUAUUAAGGCAUGGAACUGGGGCAAUGGGGAAGGGUUAUCUGCAUGGGGGCACAGUUAGUUGCUACUUGGGACAGUUUCUUUUCUCUGUGUGUUGAUUUCAGACAGGGACCAUUUGUCUUUGGAAGCAAAAACAAAGGGGGAGUGGUGCAGAGAUAGUAAAAUAGUGGAACCAGGCAAAAAAUGCAGCUUCCUGUUGUAGUCAUGCCCAUUUCCUGUUAGGGAUUCAUCACUCCUGUGGGAUUGAAUGAGAGGGGAUGAAGAGGAAGAGUGAAUGUUAGAAAAUGAAGUGAUAUUUUGAUAAAUAGGUUUGUUUGUUUUAAUUAUUUUACAACCCAUCUUGAUGCUGCGUGGCAUUUUGAAGUGGAAAAAGCAAUCCUAAAAAUUGGGAUCGGUUUUCAAAGAUGACUGAGUGCAGAGCAAUUGCAGCUCAGAAUACUGACAGCUCUCCAGAGGUGGCUUUGGGAUUUGGGGAAGCCUUAGACAAGAGACCACCAGGGGUCCCUUUCAUCAGUGAGGAUCACACAAACUGAAGGAGCACUCCAGAAUCCUCUUUCCGGAUGACUGAUGCAAGCAAGCCAAGCCACAAAUUCACUGACCGUUUACGUCAACUGAAGACAAUGGCAAGUUUAGUUAAGAUUAAAAGGAAAGCAAAGCUCAUGUACAUUUUUACAAAGGUGUCAUAUCCAGCUUCUUGAGUAAACUUUUUAUGGGUCUCGAGUCAGAGCUGACAUUAGGGAUCAGCAUCACUGGGCACCUGAUGAGGACUAUUUCUCAGUUGGGGAGCCACUGCCAACCCCUUGAGCCACCAAACCAUGAUGCUUGCCCUCUUUGGCAUCACUGCCUGUUUACCUGCCCUCUCUUGAGUGAGCAAGCAGUAAUUGGAGUGAAGAGAAUAUGUUUUAGCUCCUGCAUCCCCUUGGGUGGCAGUCCAUCUUGGGCUAGAGUAGAGACCAGGAACCUGUGGUCCUCUGGAUGCUAUUGGACUCCAUCUCCCAUCAGCCUUGGCCAGCAUGGUCAAUGGUAAGGAAUGAUGGCAAGUGUAGUGUGGAGGGCCGCUAUUUUGCCAUCUCUGGGCUAGACGCAGAGGGCAAGCUAAACUGGCAGUGGUGACAGUGACAAGAAGGCAAUUGGCCCACUCAGGGAAGCAGGGGCCUACUGAGGGCAUCUUGCCCAAUGCCCCCUGCCAAAAAAUAAAAAUGGAGCUACCUCAGGGCCCCUGGCAAAUACUCCACCGCAUCACCCUCUGGAGCCAGCAAUGCAACUUUUUUCAUCCUAGCUGAAGAUUUGUAACUAAGCUGGAAGCAUCCAACUUAAAUUGGCAGUGUUUCUAAAUUCUUGACCAGGAAUUCCCCACAAUUUGAAUGAAUGAAUCCUGGGUGAACUGCUCCAUUGAAUGCCUUGAGGAACGGCACAACUCAUCUGUGGGAUGGGACGCACACUGAGAGAAUGAAAGAUUGCCAAAUGUAUGAGAGCAGACAUUUGUGGCUUUAGGGAGUGCAGUGGAGAAAAUAGAGUGGACUGAGGGAACAAGAGUAUGAAUGAGUAGAAGGAGGCCGCACAGAAGGGAAGGAACAAGGAAAACAGCAUGUUUCUUCUCUCUCUCCCUUCCUUAUUUAUCUUUUAUCUGUGCACAGUUUUUGUUAUCACCCCCCCCCCCCGAAUUUUGCACUGCAGGAACAGCCGUGCCCGGAUCCCAUUGAGUGAAUGAUUGAAUAUGGCAGACAUUUCCUUUGACAGGAGGAAUGGGGUCUGCAUGAACCAGUGUAUUUGGGGUGAGGGCAGAAGCAGCUGCGUCCAGCCAUUUCCAUCAGUGUUUUUUUUAAUGUAAUUAUUAUUAACAAUAAACCAGAAUGCUGUU